CAACAUUAAUAAAAACUCUGAAUUGUUUCUUUCUGGGUUUAUUUUGUUCAGCAUGUCUUCAAAAAGCAACGAGGAUAACUUAGAGGGACAGUCUGCAGUGAAGGAGGAGCUCAACAGAAAGAUCAAAGAGCAGAAAGUUGUUGUGGACGAACUCUCCAACCUGAAGAAGAACAGAAAAGUUUACAUCCAGCAGAGGAACAGCAACAUUUUCUUCCUGGCAGACAGAAGUCAGACGUUGGGUUCAUGCAAAAAGGAACUGGACAACAUGAAAAAGGAGCUUCAGGACAUUUAAAAGCUUGAACGAUGUGCGGCAUCUUCUGUCUGCUGAGUCUGUCGGCGGCUCCGUCUAAACACGAC